AUGGAUUGGGAGGAUGCUUCAAAAUUGAAAGUGAAUCAACUUCAUGAGUUGGACGAGUUUCGACCCAAAGCAUAUAAAAGUUCUGUGUUGUACAAAGAGAAGAUGAAGAGGUGGCAUUAUGCCAAAAUCUUAAAGCGAGAGUUUUAUGUGGGUGAUGAUGUCCUCCUCUUCAAUUCUAGAUUGAAACUCUUUGCGGAAAAGCUUAGAUCAAAGUGGUCAGUCUCGUUCAUGAUCUCAAAUGUUUACCCGAGUGGAGCUAUUGAGUUGGAAGAUCACGCGAAGAAGAAAUUUGUGGUGAAUGGCCAACUAUUGAAGCAUUAUUAUGUGGGUGGACCUGGAGAGACUAAGGUUGAGUUGCUUUGCUGCAAAGAUCCAGAAUAA